CCCCGAACAUGAGCUCCCUAAACUACUCCCCUCCUGUUAAAGAAGAGGAGGUCUGCUGGACGGAGAAAGAAGCUCUGGGGCUGAACAUUGUCGUGAAAGAGGAGAAGGAAGAGGAGGAUCUUACAGUAAAACAAGAAGUAGAGGGUGAGGCUGUUACAGUGAAAGAAGAAGAGAAAGACGUUUCAGUUAAACAAGAGGAAGAAGAGGAUGAUGCUGUUUUUGGAGUGAAGAAGGAAGGAGAGAUUACUGUCACAUUGGAAGAUGAAGAGAAGGAGAUAGGAGAUCUGAGUAACACCAGAGAGAUACUUCUCUAUCUUGGGUCCUCUGGGGAGCCUCAACAACCUCUUGAUGCUGAAGAGGCAGAGAAGAGUCUCUCCAGAUCAGAACACCUCAAGAAACACCUGCAGAGACGAAGAUCUCUCACAUGGAAAUCUUACUGCAAAUCUUCAUCGGAACUUAAAAUACACCAGCGAGUACACACAGGAGAGAAAUCUCACCACUGUUUUGAUUGUGGGAAGAGUUACUUAAGAUCAAAAUCGGCCAAACCCUCCCCUAACCCGGACAACGGUGGGCCAAUUGUGUGUCGCCCCAUGGGCCUCCCGGUUUCGGCCGGCUGCAACAGAGCUUGGACUCGAACCCAGAAUCUCUAAUGGCACAGCUUAAGCCACUUGCUCACCAUUUUUGCUCCAGGCAGAUAUACUACAUCCAUAACUAGCGGUUUCUGCAUUAGCAGGGAGGUGUUUCUGCAAUCAAAUUGUGUGUGCAUCGCCCUUGUCGCAAUUUUAGCAAACACAGAAAAAGGUGCUUAUAUUUGAGAACAAAAGUGGCCUGGCACACUGCUUAGGAGUUCAACACCUUUUACUUAUUUCUAGUUACUACUAAUGUGAAAACAAGACUAAAUAUGACUAUUGUUGCUCACUUGACUGUCUUAAGACAAUUGUCAAGUAAUUUUAACAUUCAUUACAGACGUCAAUUGUUGUACAGUAUCAUGGCUACGCUGUUGGCAUCACCUUUUUCAGUGGAUUUCUGCUGUUGUGAGCCUUUAACUAUCUGUCUGA